AUCUAGUUCCACAUUUGUCAAAGUAACAGCUGUUUCGGGUUUACUUCUUACUGUAUUGCACAACACUCCAGAAGCAUUAGAAUCCAUACAAAAGGUUUUACCACUGGCGAUAAAACUUCUUGGAGUCAGAGAAGGAUCUAUUAGUUUUAUCGUGAAGUCAUCCAGUUUGUCAGCCCUAAAAGAACUUUGGUCGUGCUAUAAGGAUGGAUCACUUCAAGAAAACAUCAGAAAAGUUCUUAAUGGCAUAAAAGAAGUCAGAGAAGUGUUCAAUGGAGAGGAGAUUGACGUGGAAGUCACCAUUGAUGAGGAUGAAUACAGGGAUGCAUGCUGGGACGCCGUUCUCCUGCAAAUGGCGGAUCGAURCAAACCGACUGAAGAGAGUUCCUCUGUAGGCAGAGAACAUAGGCACUCGUCAUGUGACAUGGAUUUACCCAGAACCACAAUGACCGGGCUGGCCUGGAGCGAUUGGAUUAAAGUUAGAGAAAUCUACAACGAAUCAAAGAUAGAAUCAAACAAGAGAAGAAAAGCAGAAAAGAAAGUUGCCGAGCUAGUACGCGAAUUACAUAUCCUUGAGAACGAGAAGCAACCCUUAGUAAGUGAGAGGAUUGCUGAGCUGCAGAGCGAAUUACAAAGAAUCCAACAUGAACGAGAAGAAGUGAACAGGGAGAAUGUAAGUUUGAAGAACAAGUUUGACGAAGCAACAUCAAAACUGCUUGCAGAUCAAGAGUUUCUUAGCAAUCAAUUAGAUCCUUUGUGGAAAACCAAACCAGAAGAAUUGUUAGAAUUAUUUCAGCAGCUGACAACUGAUCUAAUCGGAAUAGUCAGCAACACUGAGCUAAAUGUUGAUGUAUUGAUUAAAGUGAUGCAGGAAAUUGUAAAGGUAUUAGGAAGAGCACCGUGGCAUCGCCUUGAUGGUAGUACCAAAAUCUCAAGUAUAGUAACUAUGAUGACUUUGGUUACCGAGCGAGCUGUUAACCAUCCUGACCUGAAAACUGAUGAAUUGAUUCAAGUGAUGCAGGAAAACACUAAAGUACUGGAGGAACUACGAUGGUAUCAACUUGAUGAAGAAAGUAAAAUGAAGCUGAUCUCAAGUAUAGAAACUAUGACGACUUGGGUUGCUGUGCAACUUGCUAAACAUCCUGACCUGAGCACUGAUGAAUUGAUUCGAAUUAUGCAGGAAAACACUAAAGUACUGGAGAAACUACCAUGGGGCUACCUUAAUGUUGUUAUUGAAAUGAAGCUGACCUCAAGUAUAGAAACUAUGACGACUUGGGUUGCUGAGCAACUUGUUAAACAUCCUGACCUGAGCACUGAUGUAUUGAUUCAAGUGAUGCAGGAAAACACUAAGGUACUGGAAAAACUACCAUGGGAGAACAUUGAUGAUGGUAUUAAAAACAGGCUGACGUCAGAUCUGCAAAGUAUGAUAAAACAUGUAAUUCAGCAUUUGUCUAAACAUCCCGAGAUCAGUAAUGACGUUUUUAAAGGCAUACUUUGCACCAGUGAAGCCAUUUUGAAGAAGAUAAGUUUAUUUAGUUGGACUAAUCUUAACAGUGAUUCUCAGAAUCAUGUUCUUUCGUGCUUGGCCGAGCUGAUGAAAUUAGUUUCCGAAAGAGCUAUUUACCGUGGCGAGCGGGAAGUACUCAGUGACGCCGUAUCUAUUAUACUUGCGAUGUCAUCUCUACUCCCAGAAUCUUCUGAUAUUACUUCACGAUUACAGUCACAUCUUGAAGCCAUGGUAGAUUCAGUUGAGAAAGGAAGUGCUUUGGGCUCCUACAGUUUGAGUAUUGAAGCGAUGAUACCCAUGAUGACUGCUGCAUUAAAUAAACUGAAGCCUGGCAACAAACUUUCGUCUGAAGCGUUAAUGGUCAUUUUGUCAAUAGUGUCUCGUAUUACCAAAGAUGAACUAGUAAGAAUAUGGUGGUAUAGCGGCGUAUGGGACCAUUUCAUGUCACAUCUACAGGAUGUCAGACGUUUUCUACCCGAAGAUCUGCCGGCUGCUUCUGAUGUUACAGAGCUAAAAUCACAAGUAGAUAGCCAUGUUGACACCCUGGAUCGAGUGCUGCUUCAAUUCAAUGAUAUUCAAAUGAAGGGUACGGAGAGUGAUCAGCCGUUUAUCCUUGAUGAAGUCGUCAGCGGUAUCAAGGAAGAGCUGAGUAAGCUGAAGAAAGAGUUGGCAAACAUGAUUCGCGUCUUUGAAAGGAAAACAAAGCAUGGCCUGGAAUUCAAAGACAGUAUUCAAGCAUUGAUAGAACUACUCGAAGUCCAAAAAAGAGGUAAGUGAACACUCAACACUUAAUUAAGAGCAGACUAAUGAUUUAUUGUAUUUCCUAAAAUAUGAUUUUUGACGUCAUCAGUAUAUCUAUUAGAGUUAGA